AUGGGCCUGUUCCCCGCCAUUCUUAAUCUGGCCACCAAUGCUGAGAUCAGCGCCAAUGCCACCUGUGGUGAGAAGGGACCCGAGAUGUCCUGCAAACUCGUGGAGCACGUGCCUGGCAGGCGUGCACGCAACGCCCAGUGCCGGCUCUGUGAUGCCAACAGUGUGAACCCCAAAGAGCGCCAUCCGAUAUCAAAUGCGAUCGAUGGCACCAAUAAUUGGUGGCAGAGCCCCAGCAUUCAGAACGGAAGAGAGUAUCACUGGGUCACCAUCACUCUGGACUUAAGACAGGUCUUCCAGGUGGCCUAUGUCAUCAUCAAAGCAGCCAAUGCCCCAAGACCUGGAAACUGGAUCUUGGAGCGCUCUUUGGACGGUGUCACAUUCAGCCCCUGGCAGUACUACGCCAUCAGCGAAUCCGAGUGCUUGACACGCUACAACAUCACCCCAAGGCGAGGGCCGCCCACCUACCGAGCUGACGACGAAGUGAUCUGCACCUCCUACUACUCCAGACUGGUGCCCCUGGAGCACGGAGAGAUUCACACGUCACUCAUCAACGGCAGACCCAGCGCCGAUGACCUGUCCCCCAAGUUGCUGGAAUUCACCUCUGCGAGAUAUAUCCGCCUCCGCCUGCAGCGCAUCCGGACGCUCAAUGCCGAUCUCAUGACCCUCAGCCACCUGGACCCCAGAGACAUCGACCCUAUUGUUACAAGACGGUACUACUACUCCAUCAAAGACAUUUCUGUCGGAGGGAUGUGUAUUUGCUACGGCCACGCGCGCAGCUGUCCGUGGGAUGACACCACGAAGCAACUGCAGUGCCAGUGUGAGCACAACACCUGCGGGGACAGCUGCGACAGGUGCUGCCCCGGCUACCACCAGCAGCCCUGGAGGCCGGGCACCGUCUCCUCCGGCAACACCUGUGAAGAGUGUAACUGUCACAAUAAAGCCAAAGACUGCUACUACGAUGAAAAUGUUGCGAAUCAGAAGAAGAGUCUGAAUGCUGCGGGGCAGUUCCAGGGAGGCGGGGUGUGCAUCGACUGCCAGCAGAACACCAUGGGGAUCAACUGCGAAACCUGCAUCAGCGGCUACUACCGGCCACACAAAGUUUCUCCUUACGAGGAUGAGCCUUGCCGUCCCUGCGACUGUGACCCCGUGGGGUCGCUCAGCUCCGUCUGCGUUAAGGAUGACCUCCAGUCAAACUUGCACAACGGGCUCUGGCCAGGGCAGUGUCCCUGUAAAGAAGGUUACGGAGGAGAGAGGUGCGACCGCUGCCAGUUUGGCUACAAGGGUUUCCCGAACUGCGUGCGCUGUGACUGCAGCCUGGCGGGCAGCGUGAACGACGACCCGUGUGCUGAGCCGUGUCUCUGCAAGGACAACGUUGAGGGGGAAGCCUGCAAUCACUGCAAGCCCGGGUUCUACAACCUGCAGGAGAAGAACCCCCAGGGCUGCUCCGAAUGCUUCUGCUUCGGUGUCUCCGGCGUCUGCGACAGCCUUUCUUGGCCCCUUGGGCAGGUGAAUGACAUGUCUGGUUGGCUGGUCACAGACUUGGUCAGUGGCAGGAAGAUCAAGUCCCAGCAGGAGGUGGUGGGCGGACGCCGCCGGAUCAGCAUCAGCCACGCGGAGGUGACUCAGAGGCUGGGCGCCAGGUAUUACUGGUCAGCCCCCGAGGCCUACCUGGGAAACAAGCUGACUGCGUUUGGUGGGUUCCUGAAAUACACAGUGUCCUACGAUGUUCUGGUGGAGACAGCGGACAGUGACCUCACGUCUCAUGCUGACGUCAUCAUCAAGGGAAACGGGCUCACGCUAAGCACGCAGGCGGAGGGUCUCUCUUUGCAACCCUAUGAGGAGUACUACAACGUGGUGAGGCUCCUGCCGGAGAACUUCCAGGAUCACAGCUCCAGAAGGGAGAUUGACCGAGACCGGCUGAUGACCGUGCUCGCCAACCUGACCCACCUCCUCAUCAGAGCCAACUACAAUUCUGCGAAGACGGCUCUUUACAGGUUGGAUUCUGUCUCUCUGGACGUAGCAAGCCCCAAUGCUAUAGACCUGACAGUCGCCACUGACGUGGAACACUGUGAAUGUCCCCAGGGCUACUUGGGGACCUCCUGUGAGUCCUGCCAGCCCGGCUACUACCGCGUGGACGGGAUACUCUUCGGCGGGAUCUGUCAGCCCUGCGAAUGCCACGGUCAUGCGCAGGACUGCGAUGUUCAUGGCGUUUGCUCUGGCUGCACACACAACACCACCGGAGACCACUGCGAGCAGUGCCUGCCCGGCUUCUACGGGGCGCCUUCCCGCGGGACACCCAGGGACUGCCAGCCUUGUGCCUGCCCCCUCACCACGCCCUCCAACAACUUCAGCCCGACCUGCCGCCUGGACGAGGAGGAGGACCUGGUCUGCGAGCAGUGCGCCCCGGGCUACGCGGGAACCUGGUGUGAGAGAUGCGCAGAAGGUUACUAUGGAAACCCCACAGUACCCGGGGGAUCCUGUGUUCCGUGCGACUGCAGCGGCAACGUGGACCCCUCCGAGCCCGGCCACUGUGACUCGGUCACCGGGGAGUGCUUGAAGUGCGUGGGGAACGCAGCCGGCCCCCACUGCGAGCGGUGUGCGGACGGGUUCUACGGAGACGCCGUGACCGCCAAGAACUGUCGCGCCUGCGGCUGCCACGAGACCGGCUCCCUCUCCGGUGUGUGUCAUCCUGAGAGCGGACGCUGCGACUGCAGACCACACGUGACGGGACAGCGGUGUGACCAGUGCCUGCCCGGCUACUACGGGCUGGACUCUGGGCUCGGCUGCCUGGCCUGCAACUGCAGUGCGGCAGGCUCCACCUCGGGCGAGUGCACGGACCAAGGCCAGUGUCACUGUGUGCCGGGCGUCGCCGGGAGAAGGUGCGACCGCUGUUCGCACGGCUUCUACGCGUACCAGGAUGGUGGCUGCACACCCUGCAGCUGUGCCCACACUCAGAACAGCUGCGACCCCGAGUCCGGAGAGUGCAUCUGCGCCCCUCACACGCGGGGCCCGAAGUGCGAGGAGUGCGAGGCGGAGCACUGGGGCUGGGGCGCGGAGCGAGGGUGCCAGGCCUGCAGCUGCAGCCGCGAGGGCUCCUCGGGCUCUCAGUGCGACCUGCUGUCUGGCCAGUGCCCCUGCAAGGCCGCGUUCGGCGGGCAGCGCUGUGACCGGUGCUCCCCGGGAUACCGGGGCUUUCCGGAGUGUGCCCCCUGUGCCUGUGACCCGAGGGGGGCGGUGGCCUCCACCUGCGGCCCGGACCCGCGUGUCUGCAGCUGCGCGGAGGAAUCCGGCGCCUGCUCCUGCAAGGAAAAUGUCAUCGGCCUCCAGUGCAGCGAGUGUCGUGUCGGCACCUUCGCCCUGCAUGCUGAUGACCCCCAGGGCUGCACCCCCUGCUUCUGCUUUGGGCUGUCGCACAUCUGCAUGGAGCUGGAGGGUUACGUGCGAACCCCAGUGACCCUGGGCGCCCAUCAGCCCCUCCUACGCGUGGUUUCCCAGAGCAAUGUGACCGGCACGACCGAGGGUGUGUAUCACCAGGCCCCCGACAUCCUGCUGGACGCCACAACCAUCCGGCAGCACAUCCACACAGAGCCGUUCUACUGGCGGCUCCCGGAGCAGUUCCAGGGAGACCAGCUCCUGGCCUACAGUGGCAAGCUGAGGUUCAGCGUGGCCUUCUAUGCCUCUGGCGGAGCUGGGACCUUCAACUUGGAGCCGCAAGUUCUCAUCAAAGGAGGCCGGACCAGGAAGCAAGUGAUCUACACGGAUGCACCCGCGCCGGAGAACGGGGUGUGGCAGCAUCAGGAAGUGGGCAUGAAGGAGGAUUUCUGGAGAUACUUUAAUUCUGUCUCUGAAGAACCUGUUACCCGCGCAGAUUUCAUGUCUGUUCUCAGCAAUAUUGAUUACAUCCUCAUAAAGGCAUCCUACGGCCAAGGCCUACAGCAGAGCAGAAUCUCCAACAUCUCGAUGGAAGUUGCCUCGGAGGCCGGGGGCCAGCACCCCGUGGGGGAGGUAGCGUCGCAGAUCGAGCAGUGUGUCUGUCCUCCCGGCACAGCUGGCUUCUCCUGUCAGGACUGUGCCCCUGGGUUCCGUAGACAGAAGCUCCCAGGAGGCGGCGGCAGAGAAUCCCGGGCCCUGCUCGCUCCCUGCGUGCCCUGCAGCUGCAGCAACCACAGUGACGCCUGUGACCCCGAGACUGGGAAGUGCCUGAGCUGCAGGGACAACACGGCUGGGGAGCACUGCGAGCUGUGUGCUCCCGGCUACUACGGGAAGGUGACCGGCGCGGCCCACGACUGCACCCCUUGCGCCUGUCCCCAUCGCCACCCUGCCAGUUUCAGUCCCACUUGUGUCUUGGAAGUUGAGGGCGGCUUCCGCUGCAAUGCCUGUGCUGUGGGCUACGAAGGCCGGUAUUGUGAAAGGUGCUCCGUGGGCUACUAUGGGAACCCUGGGAUGUUGGGUGGCAGCUGCCAGAAGUGUGCUUGUAGCCCUCAGGGCUCUGUGCACGGCAACUGUGACCCGCUGUCCGGGCGGUGCGCCUGCAAGCCGGGGGCCGCGGGGCUCCGAUGUGACGACUGCCAGCCAAGGCACCUGCUAGUGCACAGCAGCUGUGUUUCGUGCGACGAUGAGUGUGUGGGUGUGCUGCUGGGGGACCUGGACCGUGCUGGCAACGCCAUUCUGUCUGUGAACCUCACCGGGAUUUUCCCUGCCCCCUAUGGAGUUUUGUCAAACCUGGAAAAUACAACGAGAUAUCUCCGGGAAUCUCUAUUAAAAGAAAAUUCCCAAAAGAAUUUGGCAGAAAUUCAACUUGACAGUGUUGCAAAGCAAGUGGACGACCUGCAAAACCAGCUUGCCAGCGUGCUCCCGCGAAGCCAGCAGCUGGGCAGGGCCACAGAGAAGAUCCUCCAGGGCAGUCAAGACCUGGCUGCGUUUGUGGAGUGGCUGCAGAGGAACAUCAGAGAAAUCCUUGAAAAGGCCACAAAUUUGAAUCAGACUCUAGACGAAGAUGUCCAGCUGCCCAGUUCUACUCUUCAGAACAUGCGACAAAACAUUGACUCUUUGCUGGCAAUGAUGCACAAAAGGCAGUUCGCAGAGCUGCUCCGCAACGCCUCCCUGGAGCUCGAGGCUGCUGAAGACGUACUCUCUGCGGUCCAGAAGAAUUUCCAGCAGCCACAGGAAGAGCUGGAAGGAUUGAAGGAAGCAGCCAGGCGCCUCCUUUCAAAGCACACCGCAGAGCUGCAGGCCGCGCAGGAGCUGCUGCGUGAGGCCGAGGCCAGGACCCAGGAGAGCGCCCGGCUGCUGCUCCUCAGCGAGGCCAACCUGAGCGAUCUCAGUGAUCAAAAGCUGCAUCUUCAAGAACAACAGAACGUGACCUCUGAGCUGGUCGCUGAAGCAAGAGGACUGAUGGAUGCGGCCAUGGCCCAGGCAGACAGUUUUCAAAACACUCUGGCAGUAGAGCAGCACCGCGACCAGCUGCUCUUGUGGGCGGCCAAGAUCAGGAGCCACGUGGACCACCUGGUCAUGCAGAUGUCCAAGAGGAGAAUGGUGGACCUGGUCUACAGAGCUGAGGAUCACGCCACCGAGCUCCAGGGGUUAGCAGGCGUCCUGGACAGCGGCCUGGAAAGCGUCAGACAUGUGUCCCUGAAUGCGACCAGCGCUGUGCAUGUCCACUCCAACAUCCAGAGCCUGAUGGGAGAAUCCCAGAGCCUGGCUGGAGCUGCACUGGAGACCGCAAGGAAGGCGAAGCUGUCCUCAGAGUCCCUGGUGGCCAGCGCAGAGGCGGCUGAGCAGCGCAGUUCCGGGUUCCUCAGCAACAGCAGCAGCCUGAGCAGGAAGCAGCAAGGUCUUACACUGAAGCUGAGUGAAUUGAAAAAUACAGCAAACAGUUUUCAGGAGAGAGCAGGAAGAAUUGCUCGGCAGACCAAUGAAUCUCUCUUGAUCCUGAGAGCGGCCCCUAAAGGUGUGAGAGACCAAGCCACCAGGACCAAAGAACUGGCGGAUUCUACCGGCCAGAGUGCGGCGAGAGUGGUGCAGAAGGCCGUGGAACUGACCCAGAAGCUGUUUGAGACAUCAGCUGGCCUGGCCGGAGUAAACGCCACUCUGCAGGAGACGCAGGGGCUGCUGCAUGAGUCCACGGUGACCACUCUGUUGGCUGGAAAGAAAGUUAGAGAUGCGGAGACCCAAGCCAACCUUUUAUUUGAUCAGCUGAAGCCUCUGAGGACAUUAGAAGAGAACCUGAGCAGAAACUUAUCAGAAAUCAAGCUUCUCAUCAGCCAGGCCCGGAAACAGGCUGCCUCGAUUAAAGUGGCUGUGGCGGCAGACCGAGACUGCGUCCGGGCCUACCAGCCCCAGCUCUCCUCCACCAACUACAACACCCUGGCUCUGAACAUGAAGACCCGGGAGCCGGACAACCUCCUUUUCUACCUGGGCAGCAGCACCGGGGCUGACUUCCUGGCAGUAGAGACGCGGCGGGGGAAGGUGGCCUUCCUCUGGGACUUGGGCUCCGGGUCCGCGCGACUGGAGCUCCCAGACCUGCGUGUCGAUGACGACAGAUGGUACAGCAUCCACGCCACCAGGUUUGGGAACACUGGUUCGUUGAGUGUAAAGGAAACGAGCUCAACUCAAGAGCCACAGACAAAAACAAGCAAAUCCCCGGGGACAGCGAAGGUGCUGGACAUAAAUAACUCCACGCGUGUGUUCGUUGGAGGACUCGGAGGACAGAUCAAGAAAUCUCCUGCUGUGAAGGUCACCCACUUCAAAGGCUGCAUGGGGGAGGCCUUUGUGAACGGCCGAUCCGUCGGCCUGUGGAACUACAUCGAGCGGGAGGGCAGGUGCCGAGGCUGCUUUGGAAGCCCCCAGAAUGAAGACUCGUCCUUCCACUUCGAUGGGAGUGGGUAUUCUGUCGUGGAGAAGACCAUGCGGGCCACGGUGACUCAGAUCAUCAUGCUCUUUAACACCUUCUCCCCUAACGGACUGCUCCUCUACCUGGCUUCAAAUGGCACUAAAGACUUCUUGUCCAUCGAGCUGGUCCACGGCAGAGUUAGAGUGAUGGUCGACCUGGGUUCUGGACCUCUCACUCUUACUACGGACAGGCGGUAUAACAACGGAAGCUGGUACAAAAUCGCCUUCCAGCGAAACCGGAAGCAAGGGCUCCUGGCUGUUAUUGAUGUCUACAACACCAGUGACAAAGAGACCAAGCAAGGCGAAACGCCAGGGGCCUCCUCCGACCUCAACCGGUUGGAUAAGGAUCCAAUAUAUGUGGGUGGACUGCCUCGGUGGAGAAUUCCCAGGAAAGGCAUCACCAGCAAAAGCUAUGUGGGCUGCAUCAAGAACCUGGAAAUAUCUAGGUCCACCUUCGAUUUGCUCCGGAACUCCUACGGCGUGGGCAAGGGCUGCGUCCUGGAGCCCAUCCGCAGUGUCAGCUUCCUGAGAGGCGGCUACCUGGAACUGCCACCCAAGCCUCUGUCGCCGGAAUCGGAACUGCUGGCCACAUUUGCCACCAACAACAGCAGUGGUGUCAUUCUGGCUGCCAUUGGCCAGGAUGUGGAGAGGCAGGGCCGGCGCCCCAAGCCCACGCCCUUCUUCGCCAUCUUGCUGGUUGACGGCCAUGUGGAAGUGCACGUCAGUCUUGGGGACGGGACCAGCCUGCGGAAGGCCCUGGUGCACGGGCCCUCGGGCACCUACAGCGACGGGCAGGAGCAUUCCAUCUCCGUGGUGAGGACUCGGAGAAUUCUCACUGUGCAGCUGGAUGAGACGAAUCCUGUGGAGGUGAGGCUGGGCCCCUUAGCAGAAAGCAGGACGAUCAACACGACCGCCCUGUACAUAGGGGGCGUCCCCGAGGGGGAGAGGACAUCGAUGCUCAAGAUGAGGAGAUCGUUCCACGGCUGCAUCAAAAACCUCGUCUUCAACAUGGAGCUUCUGGAUUUCACCGGUGCAAUGGCCUCGGAGCAAGUGGACCUGGACAGCUGCCUGCUGGUGGAAAGGCUCCAGCCAGCCCCUCGAGAGGAGGAGGAGGAGGAGGUCAAGCUGCUGCCUCAGCACCGGGCUGUCCCGCGGCCAGGCCGGUGUGCAGUGGACACAGUUCCACAGUUUGUUCCCGGUGCCCACCAGUUCGGCCUCUCGAAGAACAGCCACAUGGUGCUGCCUUUUGACCAGUCGGAGGUCAGGAAGAGGCUCCUGGUCCAGCUCAGCAUCCGGACGUUCGCCUCCAGCGGCCUCAUCUUCUACACAGCCCAUCAGAACCAGGUGGACCACGCCACACUGCAGCUCCACGGCGGCUACCUCGUCUUCACAUUUGACCUCGGCAAGGGCCGGACCCGCGUCUCUCACCCUGCGCUGAUUAGUGACGGCCGCUGGCACAUGGUGAAGGCGGAGUACUUUAAAAGAAAAGGCUCUGUGACUGUUGACGGCCAAGAAGCCCCCGCGGUGACCACAGUGGGCGACGGAACCUCACUGGAUGUGGAGGGAAAGCUGUACCUCGGGGGCCUUCCCCCAGACUACCGGCCCCGGAGCAUCGGCAAUGUCACACACAGCAUUCCCGCCUGCAUUGGGGAGGUGACGGUGAACAGCAGGUCACUGGACAUGGGCAGUCCGGCGUCUGCCUUGGCCGUGGACAGAUGCUACGCAGUGGCUGAGGAAGGCACGUUCUUCGACGGAAGUGGCUAUGCAGCUCUGGUCCGAGAAGGCUACAGAGUUCGAUCAGACUUAAACAUCACGCUGGAGUUCCGUACCUCUGCAGAGAGUGGUGUCCUCCUGGGCAUCAGCAGUGCCAAGGUGGACGCCAUUGGCCUGGAGAUUGUCCAUGGCCAGCUCCUGUUCCACGUCAACAACGGUGCAGGCCGGAUAACGGCCACGUACCAGCCCGCGGGCAGCAGCAGGCUCUGCGACGGACAGUGGCACACGCUCCACGCUAGCAAAAGCAAGCACCGCCUGGCACUCAGCGUGGACGGCCGCACGGUCGGGGCAGAGAGUCCGCACCCGCAGUCCACCUCAGCCGACACCAACGACCCCAUCUACAUCGGGGGCUUCCCAGCGGACGUCAAGCAGAACUGCCUGAGUAGCCGGACCCCGUUCCGGGGCUGCCUGAGGGGGCUCACCCUGGCCAGGAGCCCCCACGUGCAGACCCUGGACUUCAGCCAGGCCUUCGAGCUGCGCGGGGUCUCCCCACACUCCUGCCCCGGGGUCGGGCCGGCGCCCUGAGCCCCAGACGUGGCCUUGGUGGGCAUUGUGGCUACUAGGUUGAGAACUGCUCCUGUGGAUUGAACUCUCUUCCGUUCCCAUCUCGUUUCCAACUCAGGUUGAGUGUUUCCGGAAAAGUGUUCAUGAGAAACUCAAACCACGUCUACAACGAAUACCUCUUAAAUGUACAUGGUCUUCACUGGCCUUUUUUAAAAGUUUUUUUUUUUUUUUAAUGAAUUUUUGUGAACAUUGAAUGUUCUUUUUAGUACUUUACAGUAUUAUGUUUUUGUAUUCUGAGCUCUUAAUAAAAUGUUACCACUCACUGGAAAACA